AUGUUUUAUCCAUACAAUUAUAGUAACGUCAAUGUUUCUGUAAUGCCUGUACUGCCUGGAAUCUCGGCAUUUGAUAGGGUCCCGGAUGAAGAAACUGUUGAGAUAAGCUCAGAAAGAAAGUAUCAGACGUUACUUCCAGUGCUUACGAAUUCUCACGUGGUAGAGAAUGAACUAAAACACAAGUUAAACAAGACUGCUUUUGAUUUUCGAUAUCAGGCAAAGUCAGAAGAUGGCUCUGAAAAGUGGGAACCAAAAUACCUGAUAGCACCGAAUUUGCAAAUGAGAAGCGUCUCGUUUGAUAAUUCAUCGAUACAAUAUAGUUCAGAUUCAUCCGAGAGAAGUUCACUAUCCCAACUAAAUAGUAACUCAUCAUUAGUACGACAAAGUGAAACCGGAAUGGUUUCGAAUGAUGAUUAUAAUAAGAUGGCAAACAGUAAAUACUCCCUAAAAACGCGAAAACAAAGGACGGAUCCGAGAAACACAUUAUCAGACGAAGAAGACCUUGAACUAAGACGCAAAUACAUUUGCAAAAUUUGUGCAAGAGGAUUCACUACAUCAGGACAUUUGGCAAGGCAUAAUCGAAUUCAUACGGGCGAAAAAAAUCAUUGCUGCCCAUAUAAAGGUUGCACUCAGCGAUUCAGUCGGCAUGAUAAUUGCUUACAGCAUUACAGAACGCAUUUGAAAAAGGAACAUUAA